AUGCUGCUGAUCCUGGUGGUUGCUGCUUUUCUUCUUGAAUUGGUGGAAAUCUCAGGGUACAAAUCGACCACAUUCCAACAAUUGAAACAAGACGGGAAAUUUUGGCCCCUGGCUGGAACUGGGAGGGAUGUCGUGAAAGUGAGAGGUUUGGUGGAUUGUGGCUCCAUUUGCCAUUCACUUCGCCCAGCUUGCAACAGCUUCAACUGGUUUCCUGGAAAUCUAACAUGCGAGAUGGUAAACACGGUCAACGCCUUCUUGGAAGAUGCACCUGGUGCAAUGGCAUACGUCAAUGCUUCCAGCGUGUGCUAUACGAGUCCACCUGCACUUGAGAAUCGAACCAUGUAUUUCUCGUACGGAUGGAAUGGCAGCUUGCCUGCACCUCUCCUAUCAGAAGUCUCAUACGAUUGCCCAAUAUUUUCCCGUUGCCCGCCUCUUGUACCCCUGAAAGCCAAAUGUAUUGGACCAAACACAUGGCAACUCCUGAAUGUCAACGUCACUCCUUCUUGCUUAGCAAACACACAAGGCUACGAACUUUCGACGGAAGACGGUCGGAUGUACAAACGGUACCCUGGGCCCAUGAAUCGGACGGAGGCCAGUCGUGUUUGUUGCCAGGAUGGGGCAAUACUUGCUUCCGACACGAGUGGCAUCACCUAUAGUUCGAUCCGAAUUGUCGCCAUGGAUACCACAGAAGCCAUUCUGCAAGGAGCCACCGAUGAGGCAGAAGAAGGCACGUGGAUCUAUGAGGACACAAGUUUCCUCCAGGUGAACAACACGCCGAUAACAUCCUAUAAUUGGUGGGGAACGAACAGCAGCCUCCCAGCGGGUCAGCAGCAAGCCCCAAACGGCGGACGAGACAAGAAUUGUCUCAGUCUCUUGGGGGAAUACUGGUUCGACAUCCCUUGUUCCACCGAGCUCCCCUUCGUCUGCCAGUACUUCUAA